GCAUGCGCCCGAUCCGCAGCGGGCCCCGCCCCCUCCGAUCCGCUUCCCAAGGGCGCUGACGCAUUUUUCAGAACGGUAAUUUCAAAUAUGGAGAAGGUUUACUUAAGCAGAAAUCCCACUGCUAAAGCUGUCCUGGAUCUUGUCCAAUCUCAUGAUGGAAACAACGUUUGUUAUGAUCAUUUCGCUUUUCGCACGUUUGGGGUGGACGGUUACGGUAUCAACUCAUUGGCUGGAUUUUUCAUGGAUUUUGGUUAUACACCUCGCGAAGAGCUAAGAUUUCCGGCAAAAAAGCUAAAGGCGUUGUGGUUUUCCCCUCCCGCUUCUUACUAUGUUCAGAGCGGAACCGGUGUCGAUGGGCCUUUGCCGAGAAUAUUUAUUUCAGAGCUGCUUGUGGAGGAGAUGAGUUCUCAAUGUCAGGAGGUAAUAAGAAAAUAUAUAGAAACAUCUGGUAGCGGACAUAAGCAUGCUGUUCUUGCAAGCACAUCUGGGUGUCUAACAUGGGAGAAGCCCAUAUAUUCCGACUAUCAAAUUCUAUCUCGGGAAAGUGAAUAUGCCGCUUGGACUCUUGUUAAUGGCUAUGCACUAAAUCAUGUUACAAUUUCCACUCAUCGCCUUAAAUCACACAUCAGAAGCAUUAAGAGCCUCAAUCAAUUCAUCGAAGAUAGCGGGUUCAAACUAAAUUCGGAAGGGGGAAUCUUGAAAGUGAGCCCCGAUGGCCUUCUUCAGCAAAGUUCCACUGUGGCAGAUACUGCCUCAUUCACUUUUGCUGAUGGCGUGACCGAGUCAGUUCCUUGUUCAUACAUCGAAUUCGCUGAACGCCUCUUGCUUCCUCAGUAUAAAGAUUUACGCGAAGAAGAGGUCAAAGAAUUCCACAGGCGCGACGGGUUCGAAGUAGGCAAUGCUGAUAAGAUAUUCGAAAGCACUUCCAAGGAUCAGCUUAGCCGGAAAGUUGCGUGAGCAAUGAACUCCCAGCAGUCUAUCCAGCAGGAUGAUCUGUAUCCUUCGCUGCUUAAAAAUGUACUUACUAAAUUAUGAUCAUCAAAUAAAUAGUUUUUUUUUUUUUUAGAGGGAUGUAGCAUGCUAUCGCUUCAUUCAAAGACGGAAGUAUCCAGCUCAAAAGCUGUUCAUCUUUCUCUUUGCUGUGCAGCGAGAAAUCGUAUGAUUCCAUCAGAACUUAAAUGCCAAUGAUAUCUAGAAAAUUUCUGAUCAUGUCAGCAAUAAAAUGAAACUCGAGUUAUUAACUUUAUGCAUCAUUUUAGCAUUC